AUGGGGAUCGAGGACGUUUAUCACGAUAUUAGUCACCUCCAGGUAUUGCGUCGCCCACCACCGCUCAAGUCCGACCCAGGGUGGAGAAAUCAAAGCAAAUAUUACAGGUUCCACGGCGAGAGCGGACACACGACCGCCGAAUGUUUUGAUUUGAGAGAUGAAGUCAAAAGGCUAAUCCGAGAAGGGAGGCUCAAUGAAUACCGAGCCGACCGACGUGGCAACAAUAAUCGGCGAAACAACGACCGACGGGAUGAUCAAAGGCAAGACAACUCGCCUGAACCUGUCGGCGAGAUAAGAACGAUCUUUGGAGGGCCAUACAUCGGCGGUAUCUCUCGCCGCGCACAAAAGGAGUAUACAAGAGAGGCAAAGGAAAAGUUCAACCGGAGGGUUAUGAGCGUGUCCGGUAGAGAGGUGAAGGCCGCGAGGUAUGAAGAGGCCGAGAAAAUAUUUUCAGAAACAAAAGCAAACGGAGUGUAUUUCCCUCGUAAUGAUGCUCCUGCAACAUCCUAA